ACAAAUUUUAACAGAAAAAGCAACAACAACUUUUGCAAAAUAAAUUAAAAUUCAACAAUAUAUUUAGAAUUCGCCAAAGCCUUGAAAUAUGGAGCAAAUGGAUAUUGAUUUGGAUGCGUCGGCCAAGCCGAGUACGUCAAACGCUGCGGCAGCUGAAAACAACAGCAAACAGCAGCAGACAAAGAAUCCAAUUGUGGGCAACAUUAUGGCUGCGGCCGGCACAAUCGCAUCGGUGACUAUUUCGCUGCAUCCACUGGUCAUUAUGAAUAUAUCGGAGCACUGGACGCGUUUUCGUGCCCAGCAUGGUGAACCGCGCCAGGUAUAUGGUGCUUUAAUUGGCAAACAGAAGGGUCGCAACAUUGAGGUGAUGAACUCAUUCGAACUGAAGACCGAUGUGUUUGGCGACGAGAUGAUAAUCAACAAAGACUACUACAACAAAAAGGAGCAGCAAUACAAACAGGUAUUCAGCGAUCUCGAUUUUAUUGGCUGGUACACAACGGGCGAGAGUCCGACAGCUUCGGAUAUUAAAAUACAGAAACAAAUUGCCACAAUCAAUGAAUGCCCAAUAAUGCUGCAACUGAAUCCACUAUCACGAAGCGUAGAUCAACUGCCCAUUAAGCUUUUCGAGUCCUUAAUCGAUUUGGUAGAUGGUGAGGCUACCAUGCUCUUUGUUCCCCUAACUUACACACUGGCCACCGAGGAGGCAGAGCGCAUUGGUGUGGAUCAUGUGGCCCGCAUGACCACCAACGAGUCCGGGGAGAAGAGUGUGGUGGCCGAACAUCUGGUGGCCCAAGAUAGUGCCAUCAAAAUGCUAAAUACACGUAUCAAAAUCGUGUUGCAGUACAUAAAAGACGUAGAGGCGGGCAAACUGAAGCCCAAUCAGGAGAUAUUGCGAGAGGCAUACGCCCUUUGCCAUCGUCUGCCCGUAAUGCAGGUGCCCGCCUUUCAGGAGGAGUUUUACACGCAGUGCAACGACGUGGGAUUAAUUAGCUACCUUGGCACCCUCACUAAGGGCUGCAACGAUAUGCAUCAGUUUGUCAAUAAAUUUAAUAUGCUCUACGAUCGCCAGGGGUCCUCGCGACGUAUGCGAGGCCUUUACUACUGAUUAGGACUUGAUUGAUGCAUUCGUUUGAUUUUUAAAUAAAAUGUGCUAGGAUUUCUAAUUAA